GCUCGGGCCUCGCUGCUCCGCCAGCCCAGCUCAUCCGCCCUCGGAGCCCAGCGCCGCCGCCAUGUCUUCCGGGGCCAGCGUGAACGCUCUGCAGCGCCUGGUGGAGCAGCUCAAGCUGGAGGCCGGCGUGGAGAGGAUCAAGGUCUCUCAGGCGGCGGCAGAGCUUCAACAGUACUGCAUGCAGAAUGCUUGCAAGGAUGCCCUGCUGGUCGGUGUUCCAGCCGGGAGCAACCCCUUCCGGGAGCCCAGAUCCUGUGCGUUACUCUGAAGACUGGAAAGAAGUUCAUCGAGGAAUGCCUUCAGGUGCAAAGUGAUGAAUGAUUGCCUCCAAGUCUCAAGAAAACAUUUUUCUUUAACCAAAUAACUUUUAGAUAUUUCAGACCUUUCGUGUGGCCUGGUCCUAUCGCCAAAAUUCUACAGAAAUUGAUGACUUUCGACUCAAAUAAGGAAACUGGGUAAAGGAGUAGACUUUUAAAUAAUAGUGGCCUGGUUUAUUUGGUGAAGUGCUUUAUACUUAAGACAAACAAAAACUUUACCACCAAAUAUACCAAAAUGCACCUCUUUCCUAUGUGAUGAAUAACUAGUGUUUCUAUACCUGGAAUAUUAUGUAUGUUUUAUUUACUGGGUGUUUACAUUUUGGGAAGGAAAACAUUUUUGUUUAUUAAAAAAUUUAAUAUUUGUAAUUUGUUGUUUCUAAGAUUUUUACACCAUAACAAAAUUUGUCCUUUUCUCAUGAAUUUACAAUUUCUAAACGAAGAUAAGCCAGUGUAAGAUUGGGGGAAGAGUAGGCUUUAUUAAUCGAAUGAUGUCUUGAUUUUUCUAAAUGAGAAGAUUGUUUUAUUUUUAACACUAAAUGUGGGAGCUGUCUCUUAGCAAACUUGUUUGGAAAGAUUAAUGUUGUGUUGUGUAUUAGAUUGCCCCAUUCUGUGUACGAAGCAGAUUUGAUCUUUACUUUCUUAAGUUCCUCUACUUUAUAGUUGUGGUUGUAUUUUAAAAAUACACAUUAUUUCACAUCUUUAAAAAAAAUGUUUAAAAUGUGACUUAUAGAACAUUGCAAAUGAUUAAAAACAAAGUAAUGUGAAAAUCUUAACAAAUUAAAUGAAUUCUUAAUGUCAUUAGGGUAUUACUUUGACGAUGUGCCUUUGAUUUAAUUUGGGAUAUUUUUCAAAGGAUACUUUAUUUGUGUUUGUAAUAAUCUUUGAGGAGCUUGGAAAUAAAAUUUGCUUAAUUCUUCCUUUUC